GUUCGGUUUGCGUGGCACCAGCAAAUCCAGCGUGCAAGCAAGCUGGAGCUUGCCAGCCAUGGCUUCCGUUCUCCUCCUCUGAAGAGCAGACGUGGUUUGCUGCUCGUGGAGCCAACUAAAAGGAAACCCUUUCAGUUUUACCGAGCUCCAAAGCGAAAGGAGGAAGAAUGCGGCCGUGGCUGCGAGGGAGGGAGGGGUAGCAGAGACGGUGAACGGUAUCAAGGUGGAGUAGAUAUUGAACUGUGAACGCAGUGAUAGGAGCUUCUGAAAUGCUGGAUCUUGGAUCCAGAUUGCCAGCAGUUUCAAUCUUCUGCAGCUGAGGCCCCAGCAUAUCUGCAGGGGCAAUACGAGGGUCAACAAUUGUUCACAAUUAUUCCGGAGGCAACCCUUCUUCACAAGUUGGGGUCGGCAUUGCUCGCAAUAAGGGGCCAGGAGGGUUUCUUUAUCCAAAGCAGACAUUUCUUGUACUGCCAGCACGGUGGACCCUAUCAAUUUGAGGUUGAUUCACCAAGUUCGCAACCCAGCAGCCCAACGUGUGCUGAGCAUUCAGCAGAAGAGAGAGGGCAAGUUUUACUUAGAAGUUCAAUCGCGCUGCUCCUUCAGUUCCCAAAACAUCGACGUUUUUGCUAAUUGAGGCUUACCUGCCAGCAGUUCUGCAGCUUUUGACACGAUGUCGUCCAUACUGAUGAACGCGGCUCCGGGGUCCUUCUCCCGGCAACAGUCGUUCAAGCUCCCCCCCAUGGGCGGUGCGGCCUUCAUUCCAGCGCACCCGAGCAGCCUGGGAGCAGGGGGCACCGUCCACUCUCUGCAGUCCAGCAAAACAAAGAACCAUGCUAACCCAAUACAAAGAGGAGGAGGGGAGAAGACGACCUACCCUGCACAUCAUCAAGCAAAACCUAGCGGUGUGAAUCAAUGGGGAGCUGGUGUUGAUGUCGCUAACGAGAGGCGGAGGACGAGCCUGGAUCUGUUACACCCACGAGGGUCUGCCAGUGCAAAUGUGCAGGUUCCCCACAAGCAGCAUCCGAGGAAUUCUCUUGAGGUUUCUCUUGCGAAGGACGGCCUUGACUUAGACAUUCUCGACAUGCUCCCCAGCAGUCUUGGUCUGGGGGGUUCAUCCGAAGAUGAGGAAGAGGAUCGGCGGCAGACUGGGAGAGACCCCUGGAACAGGGUCAGGGGGGAUCAGUUCCCACCCGCUGUCAGCAGCACUGGGUUUUGGCAAGAUGAGUCGAGCGCGACCGAGCACCCCCGGCGGAAUGUAACUAAUCAGCGUCCUGCUUUGGAAAGGGCUUACGGAGUGCCAGAAGUGAGGUCUAGCGACGGCGCUUCCACCUCUUACGAGGGCCGGAACAGCAGUGACUUCUCUGACUCUUUCACAGUUGAGAGCCUCCGCCAAACUGCCAGGGGCUUUGCUGACCUCACCCGGGGCUUCGCUGACCUCAGCAGUGACAGCUCAGUGACCGGCUUCGAGGAGGGGGGUUUCCAAGGGGGGGCGCUUGCGCAGGAAGAGUACAGGCGGGGCUUCCGGCGCAAGACAAGCGGUGGGGGGGGUACCACGGAGUGGGGGGGUCAGGUUUCCCAUGUCCUGGCAAUGCUGAAGAAGGGGGCGAGCGUGAGGGUUGCGCUCGGCGGGGGGGUGGAUCGGAAGCUGAAUGUGAGGGAGUGGAACAAGGUGAUCCAAACGGCGGGGAUGACCCGGGGGUGGAAGGACGCGUGGGCCGUGUUCACGCUGAUGAAAGCGGCGUAUCUGGAGGGUGUGGAUUGCAGGCCCGACGAGCGGACGUACACGACCGUGAUCACCAUUCUGGGGGGGAAGAAGGUGGAGGAGAUUGAGGAGAUGGACGAUAUUGCCCAGCAGGAGCGCACCGCUCGCACCGCCCUCGCCAUCCAGCUGUUCGAGGAGAUUGCUGAGUCAGGUCUCGAGCAAGACCAGUUCGCUUACAACGCUCUUAUGGGCGUGCUCUCGAACGCUGGCGACCACGCGCGGGCCCGUGCGCUUCUGCAGCGCAUGCGGCACUCAAGCGCCCCCCCUGACCUCAUCACGUAUGGGAAGGUGACUGACGCGUGUGUGAGGGGGGGAGUGCCCCUGGGGGAGGUGUUGCAGCUGUUUGACGAGAUGCAGACUGUGGACCGCCUCAAGCCCGACAUGGACCGCUUCCACGAGCUCGUUGCGGCGCUGUGCGACCAGAAGAUGGUGGCGGGUGCGCAGAAGGUGCUGCACGACAUGCGCGCCGCAGGCGCGGUUCCGCUGCGCAAGACGUACCUAGCUCUGCUGGAGCUCUACGCCAGGGAAGGGCUUUGGAGGGAAGCGGAGACGCUCAGGAAGGAUAUGGUGGCUGCGGGUUUGGACCCGAACGGCAAGGACUACGAGUGCCUCAUUGAGGCCUACGUCACCGGCGGCCGCCUCUCAGAGGGCCUGGCGACGCUGCGCCAGCUGGCGGUCUGCGGCGCGCGCGGAUCUACACGCGCAUAUACGGUCCUGAUCGAGGCUUUCGGAGCUGCGGGGAAGCCGGACGAAGCGGGGCGCGUCUUUUCCGACAUGCUCAACGCUCGCACCCGACCAACAGUGGCGGCUUUCACUGCUCUCCUUGAAGCUUACGGCAGGAACGGCAAGCAGCUUGAGGCCGAGAGCACGUUCCAGAAGAUGGAGAAGCGCAACAUGGAGCCCACUCCCCGCGCCUGGGCCGCCCUCAUCGGCGCCUACGGCCGCGGCGGCUGGUUCAAAAAGGCCAAGGACACAUUUGCCGAGAUGCGCCGCCGGGGUUACCAACCGGGGCUCAUCGGUUACGCCGCACUUAUCGAGUCGUUCGGGCAGGGGGGUUUCGUCCGGGAAGCUGCCGCCGCUCUCUGGGAGAUGCGCCAGGUGUGCAAACUAGAACCGGACCGGGAAGUGUGCACGGCGGUUCUGUCCGCAGUGGCGAAUUCGGACGGUAACUGGGCUGCGGCGGGGCCGCUUCUGCGGGCGCUCGGGGGGGCCGCCGAGGGGGACGCGAAGGGCGCCGAAGGCGCGUGCGGCCUCGCGCUUCCUGCGCACUCUGUGCUGACGUCCCCCGAGGCCGGAGAACUAGUGUGGGCGGAGGUCGGGCGCGCGGUCGGCGGGCUCGCAAAGUUGGGCCGCGAGAAGGCCGAGAGCUGGGCGAACGCGCUGCUCGACGCGACGUGGAGCCUCGGGCUGCGGAAACGUGCGGGGAGGUUAGUCGAGCUUGCGAGAGGGUUUGGGCUUUAUGGGAGCGCACUCGUGGUGACGCCGGAAGAGUGGGCGCUCGACGUGCGGGGACUGAGCGUCGGGGGUGCGGAGGCGAUGCUUUUGAUGUGGCUCGGGGAAGUGGUGAUUGAGUUCCGGCGGCCACAGGCGAUGCUCCCGUACGGGUUGGCCGUUUUCACAGGCGCAGGACAAGAGGUCGUGAGCGGCAACCUGUCUGCAAGUGGUAACGGUGCGGUCCGGCGGGCAGUGAUGGCGAAGCUGGCGGGGCUCGGGGCGCCGUUUGUGGUGUCGCGGGAGGACGAGCGGCGGUUGGUGGCGGCGGCUGGGCCAAUGCGGGAGUGGCUUUCAAAGGAUGCGGUGGUGAAGAGUCUGGCGCUGAGGGACGUGCAAAUUCCGGUUGAGCUGCUACGGAUGAGAAACGAGGAGCAAGUUGGGCUCGGGGAAGCAAAGAGGGGACCCAAAUGGACGGGCCCUGGAUGGAGGGGCAGCGGUGUGCCUGCAAUGGUACCUUCGUUCUGACACUUGACCUCUAAGUAUGGUUCAUUUGACAAUACAGGCCAUAGAACGUGUUUGUUGUUUCAAGUGCCUAGGGCCCAGGAUAGAUUCGGAGGAUUCAAGUAGCACACCUCCGGUUUUUAGUUAGUAAAGUAUAUGAGUUUCUAAAUGACAUCCAACCUUCUUGAGAUGUGAGUUGCUACGCUUACUGAUUCUUAGUACACCCACAAGUUCUAGUGCCGCCUCCUUCUUGCUGGCAGAUUGCCAGGCUUACUAGCG